GGGAACCUUGGGAGGGAAAAGAAAAGUUUUCCUAGAGGUUGGGGCUGAGAGCUAGAGGGAGAGGGAAAGCAGAGCUUCCCGCGCCCUCUCGGGGGACCCGACUCUCCGAGCCCGGAGCCCCGCAGAGGGGAGGGGAGGGAAGAGGGAGGAGACUGGCUUUCCUCCGCCCGCUCUACCGCACCCAGCCUGCGGAGGCGCCGCCGAGUUCAGCAAAGAGUUAAGCUGGGGUGAGCUGCCUCUGGCCAGACCUCGGGGCACCACUCUAGGGUAGCCGCGCCGAGCUCCGGCCGAGCCGGGCGAAGGGAAAAGUUGGGAGUGAGCCUGCGGCGCGGAGCGUGUCUCAGGGUUAGCCGCCAGUGGCCGGCGGCUUGGGGAGCAGCGAGCACCGCCGCCACCUCCUUCUCCCGGAGCCAGGAUGCCUGGGAGCGACACGGCGCUCACGGUGGACCGGACUUACUCUGACCCGGGCCGGCACCAACGCUGCAGGACCCGGGUGGAAAGGCAUGACAUGAAUACUCUGAGCCUUCCUCUCAACAUUCGCCGUGGGGGAUCUGACACCAAUCUCAACUUUGAUGUCCCUGAUGGCAUCUUGGACUUUCACAAGGUCAAGCUCACGGCGGACAGCUUGAGACAAAAGAUUCUUAAAGUGACUGAACAGAUCAGGAUCGAGCAGACGUCCCGCGAUGGGAAUGUGGCCGAGUACCUCAAGCUUGUGAACAGUGCGGACAAGCAGCAGGCUGGACGCAUCAAGCAGGUCUUUGAGAAAAAGAACCAGAAGUCGGCCCAUUCCAUCGCCCAGCUCCAGAAGAAACUGGAGCAGUACCACAGGAAGCUCCGGGAAAUUGAACAGAACGGCACCUCUCGCACCUCAAAGGACAAUGCCAGGGACAACCUGAAAGAUGGCCACAGUAAAUCUCGGCCGGCCGGCCACGGGAUGGAGAGUGGGAAGUCGGGGGUGCCGGGGGUCUCCCUGACUCCGCCGGUGUUUGUUUUCAACAAGUCCAGGGAGUUUGCCAAUCUGAUCCGCAACAAAUUUGGCAGUGCAGAUAACAUCGCCCACAUGAAGAGCUCCUUGGAAGAGUUCAGGCCCGAGGCCAGCUCGAGAGCCUAUGGGGGCAGUGCCACCAUUGUGACCAAGCCCAAAUACGGGAGUGACGAUGAGUGUUCCAGUGGCACGUCAGGCUCUGCGGACAGUAACGGCAACCAGUCCUUCGGGACCGGGGGCACGAAUACUCUAAGCAGCCAAGGGAAGCUGGCCAUGAUCUUGGAGGAGCUACGGGAGAUUAAGGAGACCCAGACUCAACUGGCAGAGGACAUUGAAUCUCUAAAGGGGCAGUUCAAAAGAGAAUACAGCUUCAUUUCUCAGACCUUGCAAGAGGAACGAUACAGGUAUGAGAGGCUAGAAGAUCAGCUUCAUGACUUGACGGAUCUUCACCAGCAUGAGACCACCAACCUGAAGCAAGAACUUGCCAGCAUAGAAGAGAAGGUGGCUUACCAGGCUUAUGAAAGGUCUCAAGAUGUUCAGGAAGCCUUGGAAUCCUGCCAGACCCGCAUCUCCAAGCUCGAGCUUCAUCAGCAAGAGCAGCAAGCCCUGCAGACCGACACUGUGAACGCCAAAGUCCUCCUGGGCAAGUGUAUCAACGUGAUCCUGGCCUUCAUGACGGUCAUUCUCGUGUGCGUGUCCACCAUUGCCAAGUUUGUUGCCCCCAUGAUGAAGAGCCGCUUACAUAUCCUCGGCACUUUCUUUGCGGUCACGCUUCUUGCGAUAUUUUGUAAAAACUGGGAUCAUAUUCUGUGUGCUAUCGAGAGGGUAAUAAUACCGAGAUGAAUCUAUUCAUUCUGGCUUCCCUUUCUUUCAAGAUAGCAAACCUUUUCCACGUAUACUAACUACCAAAUUUUUCAAAGCAGUUGUCAUGCACAGUGAUGACAGAUUCAAGAGGACUCAAGCUGUAACCUGUAAAUAAUUACAAUUCUCUAACUUGAUAGCAGUUGCCUACUUAAUCACUGUCCAUGGUUAGCCCGUCUUCUUGUCAAAUUCUCCCCUCACUACUUGCUGCCUUAAUUGGAACAGAUUUCCAUUCUGCAAAACCAGCACAGCAUAAGAAGGGGGGGGGGGGGUGUCAGGUUGUUUUAUUUUAUGUUUUUUAAUUUAACUUUUUGUUGUAUUUAAGUUUUGGGCUGGGUCAGGAAGACUUGGUGCAUGGGAAAUGUCAGGAAGGUAAAAGUGGAUUUCAAAAUCCACCUUUUGAAAUUGGGUGUCUCAGCAAACCCUUUCCUCCAUUGUGGAAAAAACAAGAGAGUUUGACUUGGUGAAAGAUGAGCCACGGGGACUAGAAAAAUCAAAGGAUUCUUUUCUACAAAGGUAUCCAAUCCACUUAGCUGCCAAUUAGGGACCCCUGUGUCCAUCGUGAUUCACUAGACUUGUCAUGGGGACAUUGAAAAGGCUCCCAACUUACAAGGAGCCUCGCUUUAGGGUUUAAUGAGGAUCUAUUCUCCUUGAAAUUGCAAAAUGGUAGGAUUUAUGAGUGGAUUUAAUCAUUCCACUUGACUUAUCUUAACAGACCAGUGACUGAUUUUUGCUCUAGAAUGUGCCAAAUAUUUCUGUAUGGCUCUUGAUUAGCAAUUGGUCUAGAAGUCAUUUGUAUUUUGUAUUGGGCCCUAUAAGGAGUAACCUGACCUGUUUCUAUAGGACAUUCAACCUUUCAAGAAAAUGUGGUCCCCUUUCUGUCUUUCUCUGUGGAAAAUCUCAAAGCAUAUGCCAGACAUAGGAAGGAUGUUAUGUUGCUAUAGGAAGCAAGACAUGAUUUCAUUCAUUCAUUCAACAUGAUUUCUUGGUCAACUAGAGAGCAAGAUGUCACAUCAGGGUGGGUCGUUGAUUGGAGGGUGAUUGAAGUGGAUAAUGAAAUCACCCACAAUAUUGAUAAGGUCCUCUCAGGAAGUUAGGAGACUAGGGAACUAGAGAUGCCAUCUCUCUUUGGUAGUCUUAUGGAAAACGGUGUUGAAGUUAAAGCAUUUUUUAAAAUUCCAACUUGUAUGAAAUUUUUUAGCCUCUGAGUAAAGAGGAACAAAUGCUUUCUUAAAUAUUUGAAAAUGGAAAGUCUAUAUAAGUAGAAAUUUUCCACUUGGCUCCAUGUUAUUCAAAACACACCUUCCUUCAGGUGUACAGAAAUGUGUGUUCACUUUUAAUAUGAAGAACUGUUGAAACAUCGAUGAAUUUUUGUUUGUUUUCAGGAAGCAUUGUUUUUAAUAACCUGGAUUCGAACAAAGUGCAAUAUUUUUUAAAUAGCUGCUCUUAGGGAAAUCUCUUAUUUAAUGUGAUUGUAUGAACUGUGGUUUCAUGGAAUAGGGGGUAAGCAUUUGGGGAAAAAAUAGGUAUGACUGCGAUUUUGUGUCAAGCUUAAAAAAAUAUACCCAACCUAAUCUCUCAUUUGGUGCAUUUGUUUGAAACAACAAAUGACUCAACAAACCAGGAUUAAGUGGGAGGGUCUUGGGUUCUUGGAGAGAAGUUUCCAAGGGGCAUUCCAGUUUCCUUUCCAUGUCUGUUUUUAAUGAUUAGUAUUCACCUGUAUCUAUGAACAGGGAUAAACAAAUUGUUGCAUUGAUUGAUAUUACAACCAGGAUCCCGAGUCUACUCUCAGAGAGAGGCCCUGAAAAAUACUCAGGGGUUGAGCAGGGGAUGUCUUUAUUAUGUAAUAUUUUGUGUUGCCAUUUCUUUUCAUUUGAAAAGAAUGAUUAAAACCCAAUUUUUCCCCCUUGGGGAUUAAUAUUUGCCCCCUCCUCAUUCCCCGUUUAUUGCUUAUUCUUGAAAUUCAGCUAUUUCAUUCACUUUUCACUGCUAAGCCUCUUCAGAAGAGUGAAUCUUCUCACUCUGGUAUGAAUCAGUAUAUAUUUGGAAUGGAAUAAAUGAGGUUUCAUUGGGAUGUUAUUUGGUAACAUUGCAAUUUCUGGGACUAGGGAGGGAAGCCAAUUCGAGAGGUGUGACAUCCUGAAACAUCUGUGAUUGACAAUAUCCUGAAACUUAUGUAAUGGGUAAUAUCCUAAAACAAUUCUUUAUUGAUGAAUGUUGAUUUAAAUUUAUUUGACCAGCUCCCAUAUAAUUGACACUCUUUGUUUUAAUGAAUCUAACAAUAGAGAAGAGUUUUUCUGAAAUCUCAUUAAAAGUUACGAACCAGCAGCCAUUGGUACAGUUUGCGGGGGCAAAGUGUACUUUUCAUCUGCUUCCUCUGAUUUGUUUUGUUAGGGGGAAAAAACAACCGAAUAAGAUUUUUCUCUUGGCACGCUAUUACAUCCCCAUUUAAUGGGAAGAAUGAUGGUGUACUGUAGAUUGAAAACAUUAAUGAUAAUAAUAGAUGAGCCCUUCAGAUUUAAAAUCUGCAUAUUUUUUUUCAUAGUAGAAACACAAAACACAGACCUAUCAGGAAAAUAUUGUAUGUUUUUUAAGUGACUAUACAUUUUAAAUGUUGAGGAAUUUCCUCAAAUUUACACAUAAGCCAACUAACCUUUUAUCCCCCAUUGUCCCCUGCCAUCCCCAUGUACCCAUGAAGAUAGGAUUUUUAAAAUUCUUAAGCAUAGGAGAGCCAGUUUUUUUGUGUGUGUGUUACCUAACACAAGGAUCACUGAAAGAGUCCAUGUGGUGUUGAGCCCUAGACAGGAGGAAGCUUUUUAUAUUUGGUGGGCUUUUCUGAUUUUCUUGAUCAUUAAAUAUACUUCCCCACAGAUUGCCUUUAAAAGGUUCCUUAGUUCAAGUUGAGCCAAUAACCAAAGACUUGGAGGAGGUGACUUGCCAUCUUCAAGCACUGUUAACUUUAGAGAAUCUGUCUCAUGUUGUAUUAUUGCCACCCUAAUGAGGUGUUAGAUUGAGCUCAGCUGAAAGAUCAAGACUUCUGUCCUUCUCAUUUUUUGGUCAUAAUUCCACUCCCUGGAUUUCUCCUGCCUUCCCUGAGAUUGGUAAGAGCCCCAUCCACACUGCCCUUCAUUAACUUGUCCCUGUGCAUCACCACAUGAGUGACAUUUUCACCCAGCUGCUCUUACAAUUCAUUCCUUUGGUCUCUGGUACCCAGGCUUCUAUUGAUGUGCCCCAGUCUUGUCUCUAUAAGCUCAAUAGUAUUGAAUGGGACUGGCUUCCCUCUGGUCAUCAAUUACCUCUGUGUCCUUUGGGUUUGUUUCUGAAAUAAUUAAUUCCUAACAUCAGAUGGAAGCAUUUUUAUAAUGAGUCAAAAAAAAAAAAAAAAAACAACUCACUGUUUUCUUGCUUUAGAGACUUUUAGGA